AGCUAUAUAUAGUUGACCAAACGAUUACACCCAUGGUGUAUGUACAUCAGUUCCUCUUAUUUUAAGAAGUGGUGUCGUAAGUUGGGACGGCUUCAAGAAACUCCUUUAUAGGUUAAGAUGCGUCCUAAGAUAAACUUAGCCUAGAACAUGUUGAACAUGCCAGUGAAAAUCACAUCGGGAUCGAAAUUCCCGAAAAGGAUUGCGGGAAAGUCGAUUCUUUGAGAUGUCCGAUUUUACACCUUCGUGGGUCUUAGAAGAGCUAAUCGGUGAAAGAACUCAACUUAAACAGUGGGCAGUGAAAAAUGUCGUACAGAUGCUUCAUGAUGGAGCCACUAUUCCGUUUAUUGCUCGAUACCGGAAGGAGCAGACAGGGGGAAUGGAGGUGGAUAAGCUUCGCGAGAUCAAAAAUCAGGCAGAGGAAUUAAAGGUUGUUCAACAGAAGAUCUUCACAGUGUUAACGGGCCUACAGAAGCAAAACAAACUUAACACGCAAAUCCAGAGAAGUAUUCGGCAAGCAGAGUCCCUAACUGAAGUGGAGGAUUUGUAUGCACCAUACAAGCCAGGUCAUAAAGGAACACUAGCGGAGAGAGCGAGAGCCUUAAAUCUGGAACCUGUGGCCAUGGCCUGCAUCCAGAACUCAGGGAAUGUGAACCUCAACAAACACAUUAAAUUGGGCGUCAAGGGACUGUCAUCAGAGAAAGAAGUUCAGACAGGAAUACAACAUAUCAUAGCGGACCUGAUUCACCGAGAUGACGGUGUCAUCAAAGUUGUCAAGGAUCUAUGUAAAACAAAUGGGAUAUUGAUUGAGUGCAGCAAAUUUGUGACCUCAAAAAAGUUGAGUGCCAAAACCUUGGAGAAAGCUCAAAAGGCUCAACAGUCCAGUUACAAGUUCGAAAAUUAUUUUGAAUUCAAAGGUUCCUCCAGAACUAUCAGACCGCAUCAGGUACUGGCAAUAAACAGAGGUGAGGAGCAAAAAAUCCUUACAGUGAAAUAUACCAUCCCAGAGAGUAUACAACAAAAGUUUAAUUAUACUGCAGAGAAAAAGUAUUUGCGAUUUGAAUGUAAAGGUUCAGUCAGGGGUUUGAUACUGCGAGCGAUUGACGACUGCUGGUCUAGACUUGUCCAACCUCAGAUCAUCAGACAAAUCAGAUCUGAGCUUACUAAGUCUGCCCAGAAAUCCUCAAUUGAUGUGUUUUCUUCCAAUCUACGCAAUCUGCUUUUGUCAGCUCCUGUAAAAGGCCAUUCCAUUCUUGGAAUAGAUCCAGGCUUUCGAAAUGGCUGUAAAUGUGCAGUCAUUUCUCAGACAGGUCAAGUUCUGUACACAGAUGUAGUGUAUUUACACUUUGCUCCAGAGAUGAAGAAAAAAUUGCAAGAGACAGUAAAAAAAUUCAGAUGUAAAUACAUAGCUCUGGGAAAUGGAACAGCUUGCAGGGAAACUGAAAAAGUCUUAACAGAUGUUGUGAAAAAUUCAUCAGCUAAGUAUUGCAUUGUCAAAGAAGAUGGAGCUUCCAUCUACAGCUGCUCAGACCUAGCAAAAGCAGAACUCCCUGACCUUGACCUUACCUUGAGAGGCGCAGUUUCCAUUGCCAGACGAUUAUUGGACCCCUUGGCUGAAUUGGUGAAGAUCGAACCUAAACACAUAGGUGUAGGCCAAUACCAGCAUGACAUACCAGAGAGUCAGCUGAAAGUGGCACUGGACUCGGUGGUGGAGGAGUGUGUCAGCUUUGUGGGGGUGGAUCUAAACACGGGCAGUGAGGCUCUGUUAAGGAGAGUGGCGGGAUUAAAUCUGACAAAAGCCAAGAGUGUGGUUGAAAGACGCGAAAAAAAGGGUCCUUUCACCAACAGAAACCAGCUGAAGUUAAUUAAAGGAUUUGGGGAAAAAUCUUUUCAGCAGUGUGCAGGAUUUCUACGAGUAAAUCACUCAAAUUUUGUUGUAGAUGUGACAGAGGACAUGCCUGAAUCCCCAUCACUGGCAAUUGGAGACCAAGAAACGAUUUUAGUUUCUGAUGAUGAGCAGCCCUCCAAAGGAAAGAAAAGAAAAAUCAAAACUGUCGGGGGUUCAAAGGCUGUCAAAAAGCGUUGCACUAGCUCUGAUGCAGAUCCUCUGGAUGAAACUUGGAUUCAUCCGGAGUCUUAUGACAUUUCUUACAAAUUGAUGGAUCACAUAGGAAUAAAGCCAUCCGAACUUGGUCGAGACAGUGCUAUUGAACGGGUCAAGGCAUAUAAAAAGAAUCAUAGUGUGCAAGAAUUAAAUCAAGAUAUUCAAGUGGGAGAGCCUACAAUUCAGCUUAUAUUGGAUGCAUUUCUUCAGCCUUGUGGAUAUGACAUCAGAGAAAAAGAAAUGCAGCCCCUGUUUAAGGAGGGAAUUCGAGAUAUUGCUAGCCUGAGGGAGGGUACCAGACUGACUGGGAAAGUGACCAAUGUGACCCAUUUUGGAGCCUUUGUGGACAUAGGAGUGGGCAGGGAUGGACUUAUUCAUAAUUCCAACAUGAAAAGGACUGAUUUACAAUUAGGUCAUAGAGUGGAGGUCAAGGUCAUUAAGAUGGAUAAAGCAGGAAAUAGGAUUGGUUUAAAUCUAGAGCACAAGUUGUGAAAGAAGUAUUUAAAUAUCAUCCUGCUUCGUUGUGCAAUAACCAUGAAAUUUAACAUGAUUCAAUUUAAUUUUGUUCAUUUAAUUUGAUGCUGUAAUGUUGUUAUGACAUAAAUAGUCAUUCAUGAAAGUGUAAACAGCAGUCAAAUCAUUUUGAUAAAAUGGAAAAUGUUGAGUUUAAAGUCCUACAAAAGUUUAAUAAAUUUGAAUGCAAUC